AUGGAGAGCAAGUCAGGGCAAGACACGGAGGACGCGAUGCCAAAAAACCGCGGGAGGGGCUGCGAUUCUCCACAAUCGGACGAAACCAAGGCGAGGGUCAUGGAUUCGACCAGGUUAGACACGGUCAACUGGCCAACCCUGUGGGUUUAUAUCCUUAUGACCGCGUGUCAUGGCCUAACCGACAGCCCCAUACGGUCAGUCGAACAACCUUGGUCUCCUGGAAGCCUGGCGCAGUUCGUUGGUUGGGCCACCGUCGCCACCGGGGCGCCUGCGGAGGCCAAGUCCGAGGAACCUCGGACUUGGCCCCGCUUUUACGGCGUCCAUGAUGUGUCCUGGGCGGCCGAUGCGAUUAUCACCUGCGCUGGCAUUGGGUGGUUUGAUACCGUUCUGCGCAUGGACCGCCGACGCUAG